CACAAUGCAAUCUCUUUCGCUCUCUCUUUCUCUCUCCACCGUCCACUUCCUUCAGCCAUCUUGUACUCUCUCUAUCUCUCUAUAAAAGCAAACCCAACUAGCCAUAAACUGUUCCCACUCUCUCCUCAAACCCACACACAAUCACAAACUUACCUUUUUCACCCAUGGCUGACCCCUACUCCAAUUUUUUCUCUUCCUCACCCUUCUUCCGUUUCAAUCACCAUUUCCCAUCUUCAAACCCUUCUCCGCACGCUCCCUAUGUCCACCACAACUUCAUCAACCACUCCAAAACCAGCGACACCACUUUUCUCCACUACCACCACCACCACCACCACCACAACCCUGCAACUUUUUCUUCUUUUCCACCUUCCCCUCCCUUGAGAGAAGAACUACCCCUCUUGAGACUCAGUCCGGCGAAGCAAGAGGAGGAGGAGGAGGAGGACCUGUCUUGCACUGGAGCCAUGGAUGUGGAGGAGAGGAUGCACAUCCACCCCAAAGAGGAAGAAGAUGAUGAAGAUGCCACCGUCACUGUUGCACUCCACAUAGGGUUGCCAAGCCCUAGUGCUGCUGAGAUGGCUUCCGUCCUCUCUUCUUCCUCGGAGACCACUGACAAAGAUCAUGGAGAUGCUGCUGCUGAGGAUUCUUCUGCCGGCUUCAGACUCAACAAGGGCCAGUACUGGAUCCCUACUCCUUCUCAGAUUCUCAUUGGCCCUACCCAGUUCUCUUGCCCUGUUUGCUGCAAAACUUUCAACAGAUACAACAACAUGCAGAUGCAUAUGUGGGGGCAUGGAUCACAGUACAGAAAAGGACCUGAAUCUCUGAGGGGUACCCAACCAACGGGCAUGCUGAGGCUUCCUUGCUAUUGUUGUGCUCCAGGGUGCAGAAACAACAUUGAUCACCCGAGAUCAAAGCCUCUGAAAGACUUUAGAACACUUCAAACGCAUUACAAAAGGAAGCAUGGGAUCAAACCUUUCAUGUGCAGGAAAUGCGGGAAGGCUUUUGCGGUGAGGGGGGAUUGGAGGACUCAUGAGAAGAACUGUGGCAAGCUCUGGUACUGCAUCUGCGGCUCCGAUUUCAAGCACAAGAGAUCUCUUAAAGACCAUAUUAAAGCUUUUGGAAGUGGCCAUGCAGCUUAUGGCAUCGAUGGUUUCGAAGAAGAAGAUGAGCCAGCUUCUGAAGUAGAGCAAGAUAAUGAUGAUUCCACCCAGUGAUUAACGAGACUGCUGGGUUUAUGUAUGUGAAUUAUCCUAGUUAUUUUGUCCAACGAUUGGGGAAUAUAUAUAACAUAUAAAGCGUUGGCUUCCUAUUUCAGCACUAUAUAUAUAAGCACCAAGUUCAAAUGGAAAGUCAAUCUUUCUUUAAUUUCUUCUUCUUUUCUGUUGGUAAUAUUAGCUAGAACUAGAGACUGGAUACAAAACACAAAGCUGGCAAAGCUAUAUAUAUAUAUCCAACUUCUUUGAAUUUGUUGUCGUGUAUAAGACAUCUUUCCCUUCUCUUAC